UAUUGUCUAACAGAUACUGAGGAGAAAUUGUUUAUUUUCUUCUCUUAGCCCUAGUUAAGUACCAAGGAAUCCCUUUAUAUGUUGUGAGGCUGUCCCUUAUUCGCCUUUGAUCACGUGAUAUCGUGUCGUGACGCGUGUGGGGAUUUCGCGCUUAAAGUAGCAGCAACAAAUCUCCGGUUGCAAUUGUGCUUCAACAAUGUGAAGGAUGGCAGAUGGAGCCGUGAAGGAUAAGGAGCGGCCGCUCGCCGGCGUGGUUCUUUGCUUCACGUCCAUUCUCCCGGAGGAGAGGACGAAGCUGUCUGAGAUCGCUGACCAAAUGGGUGCCAUUCACAAAUUCGAUCUAACCUCGGACGUAACCCAUUUGCUAGUUGGCGAAACGAACACGGAGAAGUACAAAUUCGUGGCUAGGGAACGGAGUGAUAUGCUAGUCUUGAUGCCAGAAUGGAUCGAAGCCGUCAGAUUGGCAUGGAUGGAGGGGGGAGACACCGAUUUGAAAUCAUUGGAACAGAAGUACAAGCUUCCUACGUUUUACGGACUUUCCAUAUGCGUUACGGGGUUCAAUGAUAUGCCAUAUCGAAACUAUAUACAGGAGUCAACGGUAGCGAACGGUGGUGAAUUCAGAAAAGACCUCACAAAGAGUGUCACCCAUCUAAUCGCCCAGCAACCCAGUGGUCAGAAAUACACGGUGGCAACACAGUGGAAAGUCAAGGUGGUGACGGCACAAUGGUUCACCGAUAGCUUGGAACGGGGAAUGAUCCUUGACGAAUCUCGUUAUGACCCCCUAUUGCCAGCCGAAGAACAAGGUGUUGGGGCAUGGAACCGCACAUAUUCGCAUGUGUCAAGCAAGCGGAAUAAACCUACGGAUUUUUCAAACACCAGAACCCGGAAACUACGGAGGGUAGCGAGCAGUAAACUAGGCGACCAAAAUGAAGGUAUUUGGGGUGAUAUAAUGGGUGGGGGAUUCGAUACGGUAGAGAGGAAUCCUUCUAUAUCAAUAGAUUCAAAAGCAGAAGACGAAGUAGUCGAUCAGGAGACCCAGGACAUUGUAAAAAAUGAGUCUCUCGAUAAGGAUAAAACUACUGGUCGAGGAAUCAAUAUUCCUUGGAACGAACAAGAAUCGCAACAAACUAAAGGAUUCCUGCAGAACUGUUAUUUUUUUAUUCAUGGUUUCUCAUCCAAACAGGUCGAUGUUCUUCGACACCACCUCACUCUAAACGGAGGCCAGGUUGUCAAUCACCUUAACGAAUUUUCGAGCCACAAAAUUCCCAAGACUGGCGAAGGCUUAUACAUAAUCGCCUCUUAUAAAAUACCUCGGUCUGCGGUCCCUUCAACAGACGAUGAAGCUUUCCAAUGCGAGAUAGUCACAGAUAUGUGGCUAGAGCGUUGUUUGGAGGCUAAAGCUCUUGUCUUACCGGAAGCUCAUAUCACUAGCACGCCGUUUCCAACACUUCCUAUACCUGGUUUCGACGGAUUGAAGAUUUGCUCGACCGGGUUCACUGGUAUUGAUUUACUACAUCUAUCCAAAUUAGUUAAUGUUAUUGGUGCCAAAUACGACGAGUUUCUCACACCGAAUGUCUCGGUGAUGAUAUGUAACGACCAGCGCAAUCUGAAUGCCGAGAAACUCCGACAUACUCUCGAAUGGAAGAUCCCUACUGUCUCAGCGGACUGGUUAUGGAUCUCCGUCAAUUCUGGGAAAAGAAAAGCAUUUGAACCGUAUCUGGUGCAAAAGCUAGUUUCACAAAGAGAGACCACUCUUAGAAAAAAAGAUUUCAAGAAGACCCAGCAAAAGCCGAAUAUACCAGGUGCAAGGGAAAACGAUAUGCAGCAAGAUCUAGUAUCCUUGUCUAAAGCGAACCUGCUUCCCGAAAAAGCCGACCGCUCGAGAUCUGCAUCUCGUGCUGUUGAAGAUUCAUUUGAACAGACUAACAGUAAUUCCACAACAGACCGUUCUGCGUCAUUCCAUAAAGACGAGGAAGCCCCGUUAGUACCCACACAACCCUUAUCCCGCGAGUCUAGAGACCAAAAACGAUCAUCACGAGACCCAUCCAAGGCUUUGGAAGCCGCGAUGAGUGGGAUUCUCAGACAAGCUAGAGAGUAUUCUCGCACAAACAGCGCCUCGGGGGAGAACGGUCCUCGAAAACGAAGACCAAACCUAGGAAGAACCAACUCAUUAUCAUCCGCAAAGAGCGGUUUGCUGAGAGCCGACUCUCGUGCCAGUUCUAUCGACACGCUUAAUGAGGACGGGUAUGGGAGCACAGUGAGCACCGACGCCGAAACCAAGAACUCGAUCAUGAGUAAAUUGCCUGCCAAUGUCCGUACACAAAGCUUUACUUCUCUCUCAAACGGAAGCAAGUUUCCUGGAUACAUUGAUUCGCCAUAUAACGAAAACGAUGAUCUACUAGGGGGUGACGGCGAAACCCCCGCCAUGACUCAGCUUAAUUAUGAAGAUCCGGAGGCAAUGGCCGUCCGCGAAGAGAUUAUGAGAUUGGCGAGUAGAGGAAACGUUGACGAGACUUGCAUUGCCGAGAAACUCAACCACAAGCCCGCGCCAAUGCAGCCUGUGGUAGUCGAUGAGUUGCCCUCGCUCAGGGGUGAUAUAGAAGGACACGGCGGAGCAGCGAGGCGUUCGCGCAGAUCUGCAGGCAAGAGAAAAGAAAGUGACAAUGAUGGAUUCUAAACGUGAUGAAUUAUGAGGUGUUUGGGGGUUUAUGCAUUGCAUCGAUGGCAUGGUAAUGGCGCUGGUUUUUGUAAAUACUUAUAAGUUUGCUGCAGAGCCCGUUAUCAGCAACAAGCAUGUAGUUCAACUUAUUGCAUUGUUGGAGUGUAUCUAUAAAUGAAAAGGAUUGAU